AUGUUUAGAGAGUUUGCUAUACUUCUGUGUGCUGGGAUAUUUUUAUGCGGAAGUGCAUCAGAUUCCAAGGACCAGAAUGCUGCUACGUAUUAUCCGGAUGCAGAUGCAUACGCGGCGCCCGGCGAUCACCUGGCUCUGCCCUCCGACGCUUCAUAUCAGCAAGUAGCGACACCUACAUCUGCAUACUUGCCAACACAACGCCAGAACUACGCGUAUGACGUCAAACCUGCAGUCGUACAAGCCUACAGGAUACCUAUUCAAAAUCAGCAAGCUGCCUCUUCUUCGGCUCCAGUAGCUUCUCAAUCUUCGUCUCAACAGUACAAGAAUACAUACAUACCUGCUGCUCAACCCGUAAACCAGUACUACACAGUUUCUGUUCCUGCGAAAACUGUAGCUAUAGGAUCAUCUGGCACUUACAAUGCUCAAAGCUCAAAUAUUUACGCCAGCCAAAGUCAAAAUGCCAAUCCUGUGGUAUAUACGAAUAACGUUGCGGCACCAAGGCCGUUCACUCCUGCUCCCAUCGUUGCCUCAAAGACAGUUGUGGAGUCCAACAGAGCAUUAAAUGUUCAACCCUCUUCUGGUUAUGUUAACCAGAAUGCUGUACCUGCAUACUCCAUUAAUUCUGCUCCCGAACAACAAUACUACUUGGUGCCGCUUCCAGCGAAUACUGCACCAGUGCAACCUCAAGGAGUUCAAGCCCAAUCUCCGGCUGUGGCCACAUACCAAGUGAAUCACGUUCAAGCUGUUAAUCAAGCUCCACAAAACGUUCCAGUACCGAAAUUUACGUACAAUUAUGCUAAUCCUUUGGUAAAAUCUAUUCCUGUACCCUCCAUACCCGUUGCAUCUAAGAGCGUUGCAGUAGAGUCAUAUAACUCAGUGACUGCUCAUCCUCCAACUGCUCCUAGAUAUGAAUCAGUUCCACUUAUAAGGUAUGCACCAGUCCAAGUACCUGUAUCAAAGCCAAUACCUGUUCCAGUUAUUUAUCCCUCUGUGGAAACUCAUCACGCUUCUGUGCAACAAAUCCCAGUUCCUACGGCUACUACUUAUAGCCAACAACAAGUAAACAGUGACCCUGCUCAGGUAUCUUCUAGUGGUGCUGGCGUGAAAUAUCACUCAGUAGCUGUUGUUCCGAAUGUUGCCCAACCGAAGGGCUAUGCCAAAUCUGUAGUCUUCUCUCCCGCUUCAGAAGUUUCUCGAGUCACUUUCAACGGGUUGGGAGUCACUUACGGAUGGUGAUGUAAAUGUAUUCAAAACCAUUAGAAUAGUCAUAUUUAUUGUUACAUUUUGUUUUGUAAAUAAAUGCAUUUGCUAAAUUAUACAAA